AUGAGCUUUAACACCUAUCUCAGCAAGUGUUUUGAGAAGCUGAUCAGAGACUUCAUCUGCUCUGUGCUGCCUGCCUCAUUAGACCCUCUACAGUUGGCAUAUAGCAGCAACUGCUCUACCGAUGAUGCCAUCGCCUUCAGAGAGUCGGCCUACAGAGAGGAGACCACCGGGUUCCGGAGUUUAGAUUUUUUCAAUCUUUCUGGCUAUAAGGACAUUUUUGUCGCUGACUAUUACAAUGUUUGUCUAACACAAUGGGAGUCAAGCUUUAAUGCAACAGCCACAAAUCAUAACACAGAUGGCUCAACAGACUACAUGAUUUUCCAGAUCAACAGUCGCUACUGGUGUCAUGAUGAUCACACACCCGGCCGUACCAGCAAUGGCUGUGACAUCAACUGUUAUUCUCUGCUGAGCAAAGACAUUUCUUUGUCUGUUAACUGUGCCAAGAUCAUAGCGAGACAGGAAGGCAUUUCUGCAUGGUACGGCUGGAAGAACCACUGCAGGAACCAAGAUGUGAGCCGAUAUAUCGCAGGAUGUGGACUUUGAAGAUUUUUUCCAAUAUCCACUAACCAAAUAGAGCAAAAAUAUUAUUUUCCUUCAAAGACACACGAUUAAUGUGAUUCCCCAAAGAUUGUAUUUUCUGAGCAUGAAUAUAUAGUAACUUUACUUACAGUACAUAAUAUUGAAGAAAAAUACUAUUAUGUAUGUAUAUUGUAUACGCAGUAUAAAGAAUUGUCUCAUUUUUGUGAUCUUUGGCAGAUGCUUUUAUUGUAAAAAUUGAUCCAAAUCACUUUAUUACAUGCAUACCCUGGUAAUAAAACUCUCCACACCACCUUUGCAAUAAUUAUACUCAACGAAUUGAGCAAUUAUCUACAGUAGUUACACAGGUACAAUGUACAAUAAAAAUCAUGUUAUUUGUUGAAAUAGAUAUUUUCUGAAGAGUACAAAAUGAUGAGAAUUGUUUGGAAUGUGUCCACUAAUGGAGUUUGAUUAUCACAUAUGUUUAGUCUUUAUAUUAACUUG